ACAAUGGUGGAAGAGCCAGAAAGGGCGUGGUCACGCGAAGCUCUUAGCGAGGGAUUAGGGUAUUGGCGCAGGGCUAGCGUGGGAGCGCCGAGGCUGCGGUACCGCCGGAGCUCUGUUUUUUCGUCGGCAUUCCAUUGCCAGAUCUGGAGCGAUCACUCCUCUGGUAGGCGCUGGAUCGAGAAAUGGCUCCGAUCGGCUGCUUGCGCAUCGAAAGUAUUCUAUGAGUCUCACAUUGCCCGGAUUCUUCAGGCCUUGAUCCUGAGGGGGAGAUUUUGAUGGGACAUGGCAAUGCUGGUGCGCUGGAGCUUGAAAAGCAGGCAGGAUUUUGAGGAAGAUAGUUCUCGACGCUUUUAGGACAGGUGUAAUCUUGCAGCCAUGGACGAUGUUGCGAUCAUUCGGGAGAUUUUGGCGGUCACCCAUGUACCAGUUGUAGCGCAGUUGCAGUGGGAGAAACUGCAAAGUCUUUUGCGAUCUGUCUGCGAUCGACUCACAGCUCAUACAGCACGGCUUGAGAAAGCUGAGGAGCUCGCCAAAAAUUUUCAAGCUUUCAAGGAGGAGAUUUACGAAGUCUGUAAAAACACGGCUAAAGAGUGUAAAGAUUUCACCGAGGUCGAGGUCCAAAAGCAGGCUGAGAAGCUCGAUACACAUGUUAAAGUCACUGGAGAUCGUAUCAACGCUGUUCAAAAAGGGAUGGAAGAAAAUUCUGUAAACGUCAAGACAGUGACUGGGGAUUUGGCAGAAUUGAAGGCAGCCGUCGAGUCUGUUCCCAAAAGAGUUGAAGAUUUAGAGGGAGGAAUCCAGAACCUGACUGCGGUCAGUUCAGAGCUGCAAACCAAAGUCAAGGAGCAGGACGAAACAAUAAGGAAACAGGGUGAAAACUUCCAGUCACAGUUUGAGCAGCAUGUAGUCGAAACGACGGGGGCAGUGCGAGUUAUGACAGAAGAAAUAGAGUCUUUACAAGCUGAUGUUCUGGACCACAGUGGAAGGCUGCAAAGUUUGGAAAAUCAAGGAGAUGACCUCAAAAUACAACUUCAGCAAACCGCCUCAAAUCAUGCUGCUGAGCUAGAAGCACUCAACAAAUACUGCCAAGCACUUCGUGUGGAUCUUGAUACGAAACUUGUAGCUCCCCCGGAGCUCAAACCAGGCCAGCGGCGUCCGAGUGCCAUCGUGGCAGAUCUUGGAACUGCUGUUACCGAUCUUCAAAACCGCCUGCAAGCAAAAGCUGAUGUUGUUGCUCUAGAAACGCUGACUCAAACCAACAAAGAGUCUCUUCAAAGGGUGGCACAAAUGAUUGAGGAUCUUCGGCAUCAACAAAGGAGAGGCUCUGCUUCAGGUCCUGCACCCAAUCGUAGGUCGUCAAAGUUAUCAAGUUUGCUUGCUGGAGGCACAAAGGGCAUGGUGACGGACUAUGUUGCGGACGAAGUCCGUGACGCUUUGAAAAAUCACGACAGACUACUAGAAGAGAUUCAUAGGGACAUGGGAUAUCUUGGAAGGACCGUGCUUAUCAUGUCUGGUCAUGACCAGCGGUUUGCUCCAGAACAAAAGCCUGCAGAAGUGUCUGCCGCUCCACCUGGAACUGCUGGCGUUCCUUCAGGUGCAGUUGCAGGAGCACCGGGAGCUUCUGGACCUUUGGGAGCGCUAGGCCCUCCAGGCGCUCCAGGGGCUCCAGCCUCAGGCGUUCCAGGAGCUCCAGGUGCACCGGGUGUUCCAGGUGGCCCAGAAACUGUUCCUGAUCAGAAACCUCAAGAUCCUGAAGCAGCCUACGAGGACAUGUUUUUUGCUUUUGAGAAAGCAUUAAGAGAGAAUCAAAUACAAGUGAAAGAAGAUACAACACAAAUGAAGGAGUUGCAGAUCCUAGUUGACGGUAUGAAAGAGACAAAAGCAGAAAAGAAAGAUAUGCAGAAAAUAGCUCGGAUUGUUCGUGAGUUCAUGGAGCAACCAGAGCAUGCAGUGUUUAGUGGAAAGCCGCUAAUGGGUUUCAAAUGCAUGUCCUGUGACCAAGACAUCCAAAAACUGAACCCACUUCGGGCUGAUUAUUUGCCACAUAACGCAAUGCCGAAGCAAGUGCUUCCUAUGAUGUCGGCGGAACGAAUUUUUACUCCCAAUGGUGGAAGUCCUCGAUCAGCUCGAAUCACCCAACGAAAUUCCAACAGCAGCCCGUACUCGGCCAAGCUUCCUCGCAGAUCGUUUUCAGCCGGACAAGCGAAUCGAAUGAGCAGGCCUUUAUAGUAACCUGCAGGUACGCUCCUCGUGUGUUGCCGGUUUCGCGAGUUUUUACAUUCGAUUCCAGUUCCACCCUCUGUACGUCCGUUGUUUCAAAGUGUGAUUUGCGCCUUUGUCCAAGCCAAAGUUUUCUUGGAUGUCUAGAUUCCCAGGUGUUUUAAUUAUCUCAGGAUCGUUCUUUUGUCAA